UUAUUGCUAAUCAGUUUCGCACAUUUUAUCUCUUAUAAUUUGUAUAAAUAUUUAUAUAUCUUUGAUAUUUAUAUUAUAUAUUUGUUGAUUUGCUCAAGAAAUAUUGAUUAAUUUAUGGCUUUCGUGGCCGAAAGACAAAUAUUCAAACUACCAUUUCAAAAAAGGGUCAUAGAAUUAUAUACAUAUCUAUGUAUGUAUGUAUGUAUUUUUAACUUAGAAAAUUUUCAUAAAACCAUGUCAACCUAAAACUCCUUGAAUUUGGUGUCACAAUACGGAACCCCUGUUUAUUGUAAUACUGGGUAUUUACAAAUACUGAAGUUCAUGGCAACUAAGAAAAAAAAAUCAUUUUGAAAUUGGUUUCCAAGGAAACACUAUACAAUAACAAUCGAAAAGCAAUCGUUUCAGACGUUUAGUCAAUGUUUAAUUCAAAAAAUUAAUUUUUUUGUGCGAAUAUCUUUUUUAAUUAAAUAUAUAAAAUGGAUGAGUUGUCGGAAUACUCCUCAGAAAUUCUAGAAUUCAUGCCAACACAACAGUUGGGGAAGCAAUGUAAAAUGGUCGGAGCUUGUGUAAGCACAGACUUUGAGGCAAGUAGUCAGGAUAAAUCUGUGGAAACCACACUUCGUUUGCACACAAGCACACAAACAGAACUCUCCACCUCAUUACAAACUCAUGUUGAUGAGCAAAGGCUUGCGUUGUGGUUGAGAAAAAUUUAUCCCGCUGUUGAAGCACAACUACUCAAAGGAAUUACCCCUUUAAACAACUGCUGUGAGACUGUUGAUCACGCUUUUACCUCUUCCAACGAAAAAUUGAAAGUUCAAAUAUAUCAGAAGAUCACCGUUGGAGGCACAGAAAAUUCUCAAGGCAUCGCAACAUGGUUAUCUGUACAUACAAACAAUGCACCCAUGCUAGUAGUAAGCACCAGGUCACCACAUGAUAGCUGGUGUGAUCAUUUACAGCAAACCCUAAAGCUGUUGGUACCCAACCGCAUGCAAACUGCUAACCUAGUUGUUUAUACAGAAUUCAAAAAUCUGCCGCUUAAGGCAUGUCUUGGUUGCCUUAGUACGAAUACAUUCAACAAGAGCAUAUUUGCUGGCUCCACCAUGGACGGUGAUAUACAUAUAUGGGGAUGUCGAUCAAAUAAUCGAGUAGGAGAUAAUAAAUCAAGUAUAACUUUGGCCAGUACAUAUGAAAUCGACGAACUCUGUUGUUCAGCAUCUCCUCACGGUUGUGCUGUGGCUUUGUGCUGGUCAAGUGAAAAUCGUCUGCUAAGUUUCCAUUCUAAUGGUUUCAUCAUAAGCUGGGUUGUGGGCAAAGAAUUGAUUUUGGAAAAUGAUUUCCAGAUAAAAGUGCAAGUCAGUGAGAUUACAGCGGCUAUUUGUUUGAAUGCGAAUACUUGCGUGGUAGGCGUCAAGGAUGGUUCCCUAUUUUUAUGUACUAUAACUAGCUUCGGUACAAUGCGAAAACAGAUGGAAGUAGUACCGUUGAAAAAACAUUCAUUUAUGAUCACAACAUUAAUCAAAACCGUGUUCAAUAAUUGUCCAUCGGUUUUAAGUUGCGAUUUAAGCGGACAAGUCCUUUGUCACAGCAUAUCACAUCCAGAGGAGGAAAGUCGGGUCUUACGCAUUCCGUUGCCUUUUAAAAAUGCCAUUGCCUGUUCUAAGGAUGGACAUGUUAUCUAUUCUCCCGGGGCUGAUGGCUCUUUGGAAUAUUAUAACAUAGUCAGUGGAGUUCAUUCUAUUGUUAAAGGGACUUUACGUGGCAAAGGGAAUUUCAUCGCCUGUAGUGAUAAUGGAAACUGGAUCAUCACUGGACUUUACGCAGAUGACUUCCAAAUAUUUUAUAUAGACAAUUAGAUGGUGCAUAUGAAGAGAUCGCAUGACAAAAUAUGUAUAUUUAUAAACGGUAUAUCUGCUGCAAUGUGUAAAAGAAACAAUAAUAAAUAAUAUUAAUUUAUAAUAAUUGGAA